AUGACUCCUUCCCCUCCUUCUGAGGUCCCGCACCCUCAACCACGGAAGCGUCGGAAGAUUGCACUCGCCUGCGAUCAGUGCAGGUUGCGCAAGUCCAGAUGUGAUGGUGUCAAACCAGUCUGUGGCGAGUGCUCCCACCGCCGCCAACAGCGAAACCCUUGCCGCUACAAUCUCGAACACCAGAAGGAUCCCGAGCGUGAUAAAUACGUCGACACCCUUCUAGCACGUAUUCAGCAUCUAGAAGAAGAGGCCGCCCUCUUGAAGGCGAAUGCCCGCCAUCCAUUGGCCUCUGAGCCUGAUCAAACCAAUCGUGGCAUUUCAGAAGCCAAGACCUCGACCCAAUUCUUUACCGCCGCUCACGAUGACGACCCUGCAUUGUUAUCGGUCGACGCCAUGGGCGCCAAUUCCAUCAUGAGUCAAGAUGGUCUCGACGAUACCCGCUAUUACGGAAGCUCGUCCGCCGUGGCCUUGAUGCAACAUGUUUACAGCACCAUUAAUGAUGGUCUUCUCACCACUCCAACCCCCGACGGCAGUCAAGCCCACUCCAAGCCUUCUCCCAGCAAGCCAAAAUUGAUGUCCUCCCAAGACCUCCAGGCCGCGAAGUUGGUUUCCCGGUCCGUCAUGGACAAGACCCUCAAUUGUUACUGGGAGAAAAUCUACCACCUGUACCCCUUUCUCCACAAGCCCUCCUUCAUGGCAGCAUACCUCAAGCUCUGGGAACCCGACCCCUCAGAGGGUGCAAACCACGUGUCGAGCCGGGGUUUGGGCGGAUCUUCCACUUACGGCCACCGAAGCGCUGUCUUUCACUGUGCCCUCAACCUUAUGUUGGCCCUCGCCACCCAGUUUAUGGAUCUGCCCUUGGACAUUCGCCAGAGCCUCGAACGUGUCUUUGCCGACAAGGCCAAGUCCCUAUGCCAGGUCGACCUCUUUGACGAUGGCUCCCUCGCCGUCAUCCAGACUUUGCUAUUGAUGACCCAAUUCUUGCAGUCAACUCCGCACCCCAACCGCUGUUGGAAUUGUCUCGGCAUAGCCUGCCGAAUGGCGCAAGCCUUGGGUCUGUACAUCGAGAAUCCCCGGACCACAGACACUUUGAGUCUGUUGGAUGUUGAGCUGCGCCGUCGAGCAUGGCAUAGCUGCGUCAUGCUAGACGCUGUUGUCGGCAUGACUCUGGGAAGACCCCUGAUCCUCCACAGAUACCGCUCUUUGCCCCUGCCUCACCUACUAAGCGAUGAACAACUCUACUGUCAAAACGUCCCUGUCGACCCACCCGGUCCAAUCUUCAUCCACUUUUUCAUCCAGAGUCUGCAGCUCUACCAGAUCUUGGCUGAUAUCCUUGCACGGCUGUACGAAGGCGACCCAGCAGCCACCCACGAGUCGGGUAACACGGCCAGACCCGAUACCUUUGCGCAUUUGGAUUUUGUCUUAGAGUACGAUGACAAGAUCACCGCCUUUGAGUCUCAAAUCCCCCCUCACCUCUACUGGAAGGACCGACAGUCUCUUCCUCCCAAAGUCCUCGCAGUAAACAUGUUUGAGCAACAAUCUUCCGUGCUACUCGUUCGCUAUCUCCAUCUGCGCGUUCUUCUCUACCGCCCUGUCUUCACCAACUUCUGCCAACAUGUACGACGGCAUAACGUCUUCGCCGCCCGUUCGGAACAACCCCUCCCCAGGGCUUCCGAUAUUUCGCUCAAAGUUUCACUACCGCUGGCUAUCGCUUGCGUUGAGAGUUCGAUCUUGUUGAUUGAACAAGUUCAUCUUCGUGCCACGUCGUCCGCAACGGGUGCUUGGUGGUACAACUUGUUUUAUGCUCGGACUGCCGGUAUGGUGAUCUUGCUGUCCAUGGUCUGCGAACCAGUCGUCACAUCCAUCACACUUGCUCGACUGCAACAAGCUUGGUCGACUUGCCAGACAGCCUUGGCUUCUAUGCAGAAGUUCAGUGGUGCUGUGGGCCGAUGCCUCCAAGGUCUAGAAAACCUCCACGAGCACAUUCUCGCCUUCUUAGAGCGAGACGAACUUCGCAGUAAAGACACUGAUCUCUCAACGACGAUCCCUUCUGGUGCUGUCGGCCCAUCUGACCAAUCCCAGAGUGGGCCAUGGGAUACCGCUUUCAUCCCCUUACCAACUGACAUCUUUGGCGACCCUGACGACUUUGAUUGGCCUGGACCUGAGGUUUCGUUUCUAGACGAUGUUUUUGCCUUUCCAGAGCUCCAUGUGUCUUGAGCUACAUUCUGACUACUUGUCAUAGUGUCCGCUACGAGCUUCGCCCUGUCGUCCAGGCACUGAUGGUCCUCGACAUAAAUGUACCAUCGUGUCUUUUGUCCGCCAUGUACAU